AUGGGGAAAACGGGCUGGCGAGCCGCUCAGCCCGCAGGGGAAAGGCGAGGAGACUGGACAGGCGGGAUCAACCUAGGAGAAGAGACAGAAGAAAAAGCGACAGCGUUCUCUCUCCACAUUCGUCUCGCUCGCAGAGAGGGAUGCGUCACAAAGACGGCAGACCGCUCUUACGCGGAAUCCCCUGAAGACCAUCCAGGGCGCGUGCCUGGCGAGGCGCUGGAAAGCGGAGACACGCAAGACUUCUUCGAUCUCCUCGCUCUCCCUCGCCGCCCGUGGCAGACAGAAUGGAGACGGAUGCGCUACGCCGCCUGCGUGGCAGUUUGUGCUCUUUUCCAGGCGCUGGCUGCUGCGCGGGAGAACGCGGGGAAAAGGAGCGUCGCAGACAGUCCGGAGGAUCGCGGAGGCCGACAGGAGACAGGACUUGAGGCGUCUGAGGUCGACGGCGACGGAGCAGAUGAAGUCUUGAGUGCGCUCUACGACGCAGCUGUGCUGUCCCUACGCGCAGGCGCGAGAAGAAGGGAGAACAGCGAGGAGACGGAGGCGGCGACAGCGAGAGUCACGAGGUCAGAGACGUGGGACGAUGCAGACGCAGAAGAACCGGAAGACGUUACGGCCAUUCCCAUAGAAGACGGCGUUGACUUGGAUGGAGAGGGCGUAGUCGCAUUCCAAGACGUGGCCGUCACGGACGCAGGCCUCACGUCUGUGCUUCCUCUUUUCGACGAAUACCGCGAAACAGCACAGCGUCUCUCGAUGGCCUUUCGGAGUGCCAAGCGAAAACGAAACACACGCCAAAUGUGUCCCUCGUCUGCCUCUUCUUCUGUCUCGUCUGCCUCUUCUUCUGUCUCGUCUGCCUCUUCUUCUGUCUCGUGUCGGGUGGGCCGUAGCCCCGUCUUGUCGGUGGUCUCGUUUUCCUCGUCACUGCUGUCUUUCGAGGAUCUCCUCGCUGCGUUGCAGGGUCGUGGCCAGGGACCGGCCUCAGGCGUUUCUUUUUUCGGCUGCAUGCAGUCCGAGCUGGUGACGGCGUUUCUGCGUCCGCGCCCGGCGGCUGCUGUACAGACAGCGAGCGCAGGCCAGGCAGGGGGAGGCGAAGCGGCUCCAGACGGAGGCAGCGAGAGGACAAAGCGGUGCGCGGUCCUGCCGCCGCCACUGCCGUUUGGUUCUUUCGGCCGCAAGCAGCAAAUCACCGGGGGCACGGGGUGGGAAAAACCCGCGGCGCGGAGCCUGGCCGUCGUGGACUUUAAUUUGCAUCUUCCGCAGGGGCCUCUCUCGCGGUCUCUGCUCGUCUGCUCGCGCUGCUCUGAAGAAAGUGCCGGCGGUGCGUGCGAUUUCGAGCGCGCAUGCGCGGACGGCUCGGCCUCUCGCGGCACGCCAGUGGCGGGAUGCUGUCUCUUGGGGCCUGCAGCCGCGGCGCUGUGCGGCUCGUGGGCUCCCCAGACCCCCGAAGGGCGAGGCGAGGGCGCCAGGAGACACCAAGAAGAGGGAGAAGGACAGGGCGAAGGGGUUUCCGUCCGUCUUUUAGUGCACCUGGAUGCAAAUGUGCUGGGUUGGGCUGCAGCAGACGCAGGAGAGAAGGGAGACGAGGAAAGGAAGGAACCGGCCAUGGCUCCUCUGCAUGCGCUGGUGGGCGAUCUCUUGCAGCGAGCGGUGUGGACGAUGAAGAAGAACGAAGUCUCUGUCUUUUUCGUCCCUCUUCCUGGGCUCGCAGGCGUUCAGCCUGGAGACGCCAGCGCGGACCGACUGCCUCGAGUCUCCCGAGUCUCCGAACGAGCAGAGCAAAGGCUCGACCUGCCUCACAGCCAGUCCACCUCGCCAGGCGCCUUCCUCUUGCCUCUCGCACCCUCGUCUCUCGACGACGUGGCAGCUCCUCUGUGUGUCCCUCUCGUCUUUUCUCUCCGCCUCGUCGACUUCCAGUCUCUCUUCCCAUCCCUCUCCGUCUCUCCUCCCCCGUCUCUCUCUCCCUCUCUCUCUCCUUCUCUCUCUCCUUCUCCCUCUCCUUCUCCAUCUUCCAGCGCGGGAGGGCGAGGGAGCGAGUUUCUCGACGUUCGGCGCAUUGCGGAGCUCGUCGUGGAGGCUUCGCAGCGCAGUCGCUCUCUCCUGCGCAUCGCCGAGGAUUUCGAGAGUUUCGCUUCGGUUGUUUUCCAUCUUCUUCUCGAGCCCCGCCCGCAGGCGCGGCGCGUCCUCCUGUCGCUGAUUCUCGCCUCGGCACGCGGGGAAGACGCCUCCGUUUCCGACAGCCAAGAGCCCACACCGGACGUCGAUUGCGAGGCAGCGCCGGGAGGAAGUUUCUCGGGCCUUGGAGGGUUUCGCGAUCGAGCUGAAGAGCGCCUUGUUCAGAGGUUUGUCGAGAGUCGCUUGAGAGCAGCGAGCGCGGAACACGCGAGUCCAGCGCAUGAAGCACUGCGUUCUGAUGCCCCAGACGCAUGCGAGCCUCUGCCGCCGUCGCCUGCGUCGCCCGCCAGGCGUCCCAGGUGGUGGGCUCCGGCGUCCCGUCGCUCUUCGUCGAGGCCACGGCGACUUCUCUCGCUCCUCUCGUCGUCUCAAGAAUCCGCAGCCUCGUCACCGGUCCUUGGUGCCCAGGAUGGCGCUUCGGAGCAAGAGCCCAACACCGGGACGGUCGACAGGUCAGGCGGGGGGACUGCCUCGAGGCGCGACACGCCUGCAGCGGCCGCGGAGACAUCUCCGACAGUCGCGUCCCGCCCCGCACGCCGCGCCGGCGGAGGGAAGUUGUCGCCUCUUCUGCUUUCGAACUUGGACAUGGAGACGCCCGGACCGCACGAAGCGAAGGCUUUGCCGGCAACUCCGAGCCAGUUUGAGUCGGCUUGUCCUUUGGAGGCCGGGGAGGCGAUUCGAGGGAAGCGAGACGGCAAAAAGGGACAGGGCGGGGAAGAGCGCGAACCUCGGCGGCGCAUGUCUCUCUUUCGCGCCUCGCUGAAGUCGCCCCUCUGGCGUCUCCGGUCGACGGGAUCUCUUCCCAGCACGCCCGUUCCAGGCUCGUGCGUCUCCGACGACAAACGCGACAUGGGCGAGGCCGAACAGAGAAGAUCCGGGGAAAGCGAAGAAGAGAAGAGCGCGGAUUUUGCGCGCACAGCAGAGGAAAAACAGCCGGCCCGCGACGGAAGCGAGGCGCGUGUGGGCUCGGGCCUCGAGGGACGGUCUGAGGCCGUGUGGGGAGCCUUGAGGCCUUGGUUGCCCUCGCUGGCAGACUUGGCGUGCCUGCAUAAGAGGAUCUACGCUCGCCGCGUGCUUCGAUCGCAAGAGGCGAAAAAAGCGCAAAACAAAGACGAAAACGAAGAAGUAAGCCGACUGGUCGACAGCUUGUUUGCGAACGGCGUGGUGAUUCAGGGGGUUUAUUUUCAGGUGAUUCGUUCCGAUGAGGUCUGGCGAAAGCUCCACCGGGAGCGGCAGGCUGCGCGCGCGGCGCUGUAUCGCUUUCCGCAGUUUGCCUGUCCUCCUCUCUUUCUUCUCCUCGAGAUGGCGGCCUUGCGGCUCUUCGCCUCGCCUCUCAGUCACCCCACACUGCUCCCCUGUUUGCUCCCAAACAGCCCCGUCUCUUCUUGCUCGGCCUUUGUGGGGCUGGAAGAGGCCUCGCGCUUGCCCUCUCCGCUGACUCCGCUGGGCGUUGCGGACGCGCUUUUCUGCGAAGAAGGCGCGUGCCGCCAAACGGCUGGGACAGACGGGAACGAGCACGAGAACGAAAACGCUCUCGCCCCGCCUCCCGCGACGCCCCACGAAUCGCGGCUGUCGAGGGACGCGAGACUCCGCGUCUCUCUCUUGCCGCCUCUCUUUGCGUUUCCCUUCUUCUCCUCGGUCACGCCUCGGUUCUCCGCCGCGCCGCCGUCGCGCUCUCUCUCUGCUUCUGGAGACGGUCGCGCCCCGCCUCUCCACAGCGCCGAAACGGCGGCCGACGCGCUCCUGCCCUUCUGGCCCCAGCUGAAGCCGGAGGCACCUCCCUUUCGGGUCGUGGACUCGGAGGCGGAAAACGAAGACCGAGGUCUGCAUGCGGAGAAGGCUGAGGAAGGCGCAGGGGCAAUCCGACAAGGCGUGUUCCUGCCGCUCUCGGGUGCCGCUUCCAACCCUGCGGGGCUCGCCCUCGUCCACUGGCGAGUCGCGGGCGACACAGUCCCGAAGACAGAGGAGAGGGACACUGUGGGGCGAGGCAGGAGACGAGACGAAGAAGUCCGCUGCCAGGCAGAGAAAGACGAGACGCACGCGGCGUGUCUCGCAGCGUCGCAAGUCGUGAAUGUCUCACGCGACUCCCUCGUCCUUCGUCCCCUCCUCCCUCGCGCGUUGUCUUCGUCUCUCCUCAGCGCUGUCGGCAAAGCGUCGCCGGAGUGUCUCGCGCUCUUCGCUCCCAUUUCCAAAGAGGGCGAGUGUCUAUCCAGCUGUGGCGAGUCCCAUCCCAGCAGCCUUCACAUUCGCGAAGACGCGCGAGAAGACCAGCGCGCGAGAGAGAAAGACGGAGGUUCUGGGGAAAACAUCUGGAGCGUUGUCGGCGAGCGGUGUCGUGUGUGGGUGCUCUGUGGAGGAGACAACGGAGACAGAGCGGGGCAGAAAGAGAACGCUUUGGGAGAGAAAGGCGAGGAGACUGCGAAGACGGACGCCGGGGCAGGGCCGUCGCCUCCCGGAGGGAACCGGCCGAAAGGCGGCAGUCCCCUCGGAAUCCUUCUCCUUCCUGAGCAUCUCUCUUCUUUGUCGUGGAGCGUGAGGCCAAGUGCUUUCCAGUUUGAUCCGCCGCCGGUUGAGACGCUGGCCGUUUACGUCGAGGAAACAAACGUCGGUAGACAGAGCGACGGCUCGUCUCUCUGCACUGGGCCUCCCGCAACGAAGGCCGCUGGCGAAGAUGGGUGUGCUGUGGGGAGCCGUCUCCGUCCGGGGCCUUCCGCGUCUCUUUCCGCGCGGGGUCGUCGCUGCGGAGACAUGCGCCGCUCCGUGCGGGAAGUUUGUCUCUUUCUUCUGGGCGAGGCGUGCGGGCACGUGGGGCAUCCUCAGGGCCUCCGCGCGAUCCUCCACGCCAGGCACCUCCCCGUCGGCCCCGCGGAAUGGCUCAUGCUCGCCGAGCUCUUCUGCGCGUUUCCAGAGAACGCCGGACCCGCGCCGCGAGGCAGAGAAGGGGAAAAAAGCCUUCGCGAAACAGACGACCAAGGAGCGAGCGUCGGCCACGCGACGCGGGAAGGACGCGACGAAAAAGAGGGAGAAAAAGAGGAAGAGAGAGAGAAAGAAGAGUUUCGGUGCGUCGUGGGGAGGAGGGAGGAGCGUGCGCGCGAGGUGUUUGGACUGAUUGCGGCAGAUCUUCUUGGGUCUUCUGUCAAGCAUGCACUUCGUCACCUCUCUCCGCGUUUUUCGGUGUUUUCUGCCCACGUCGCGGCCACCACAGAUUGGCUGUUUGCUAACGCGGGCGGCGAGCGUCUCUCUGCGCCUUCUGCGACGGUCAAGGGGGCGGUCUCUCUGUGCCUCGCUCUCCAGUUCCUCCGCGUCACUGCCUUGUUUCCGUCUCUGCGACGGCUCUUUCCACUCCUUGCGCUCGCCCCGGCCUCUCAGGCGCCGCGAGUCUUCCUGCAGCGGUCUCUCUCGUACCACCUCGGCCUGGCGAUUCCUGCCGCGACCGCUGCGCCUGCUCGCGCGCCACUGUCCGGCUCCGCGCGGAAGCAAAGAAUUUGGGCGCAAGUCCAGGGAGGCAGUCAGAGAGAGAGAGUCCGCUGGCGGUGCGCCAUCCUCGCGCAUUUCCUCGCGGGAAUCCCGGCCGAAGAGGAGACCGCGCAGAAGCUGGAGACGGCGUGGGGGGCGAUCGGGGACGCACCAGUCCGCGAGGAAGAGCCGACUUCGAGGGAGCAGCGAGUCUGGGUGCGACCGCGUCUGAAGUCCGUUUUGGAAGCGGAAGACGUCGCGUGUUUUGCCUUGUCGCUCGGCCAACUGUCCCUCGACGCCCUUCUGGCAGCUGCGAAUGUGGAGAGCGAGUUUGGAGCUCAGGAACAGAGGGAGACAGAGAGGAAGAAGACGCGUAGAGACUUCGGGGUGCCGUCGCUCCUUGCUCUCCUGCAGCACGACCUCGUCUUUGCGGCGCCGACGGCGGAGCUGUGCAUGCCUUCGCCCUCGACGCUCAGCGCCUUCCUCGCUCGCCACCCUCCUGCGUCUACAGCGGCGCACUGUGCUCCCUUGCCCGCCUGUGCGGCUGGAAAGAACCGAGAAGAAGCGAGAGCGGGUCGCGACGAGGCGAGAGAGGGUCGCGACGAGGCGAGAGAGGGUCGAGACGCGGAGAUUCUGAAGAUUCCGAUUCUAAGGAAGGGUGCCGUCGACGCUCUCCCGCGAUCCUUGCGCGCCGCCGUCGUUUGCCAGAUGAUGCUUCGUUCGCUUCUGCGAGACGAAACGAAGGCGGAAAGGCGCGAGAUCGAGCGGAGCGAGAAAGAGGAGAAGGAGCCGAACGGCUUUGCCGGUCCUCGCGUCGUCGUGGAACUCGGGGGGACCGCAGGCGUGUCGAAUCUGGCGGAUCGCCACCUGCUGCACUUUCUCUUGCAUGCAGUCGUGCAGUUCGACUGCUGGCAAGGCUUCUUGUUUGAGGCGUCGCGUUCAAAGCGAGACGCGCCGUCUGCCUCUCUGUCUUCCUGUCCUGGAAAGAGCGACUUGCCGCUGCGAGGAGCGGAGAAAAGACGGCAGGAACUCGUGUUUGUGGCUCUGGUCUCGAGCGUGGAGAACAUCCGGGUGGCUGUUCACCACAGCCUGGAGUUGCAGAUUCUGCUCCUCCUCGUCCAGGGCCUGAAUCGUCUCCAGCGGGGCUUCCUGGCCUCGUCGCGGCUGCGUCUGAUGAAGGCCGCCGACCUUUUCGAAGAUUUGUGGGGUUCGGUCUCCACUGCUGCGUCCUCGGCGCACCGCGGCGCUUCAGGCUUGCGCGACACGCCGAGGGAGCGAGAGAGCGGAAAGGAAGAGACGACAGCGAACCCGUGGCGUCAAGACUGGAACGGCGGGGCUUGCUCCGGACCCCACCCCCUGAUGCUCUUUCCGGUGUGGCUGCUUCUUCUUCUCUCCUACUGCGGCGCCGUGACUACGGCCUCGGCCGACUCCAAGUCGCGCUCCGAGGACGACAAAGGCGGAUCGGGAGGCACGGCCUCGUUCCUGCUCUCGCUGCCGCCAGGCGUGCCCCAAGGCGAGUUCCUGACUGCUUGCGUGGCGAUUUACGCGGACCUCUUCCGCCUGCUGCGCCUCCGCUUUCCGGCGUGUCCCCUCGCCGCAGGUCCGCCGCACCUGCUGCCUUCCGCUCUCCCGUUCACGCCCCAGCUGACGAUCGAUCGGCGCUGUCUGGCGCCGCUCUUCCCGGCGGCUUCGCGCGGGGGCCAGGGCGAGGCCGCGCAGCCGGUCGGCCGGGUGCGUUCGCUGACGAGCAUCUUUUCCGACGAGGAACACGAGGCGGAGGAAGAGAAAAGGGAGAAGGCGCCCGGGAGGAAAAGCGCGCGCGUCCCGCUCGACUCCGGCCUCUCUGUGGUCCCUUUGAAGAACGACCUCAGUCCAGCCUCGCUGGAAGCCUUCCGGCUCUUUGGGUGUACGUACACCCCAAAAUUCCCGCAGCCCGAGCACUGUCGCCUGCCGGAAGACGCGGUUCUCUCCGCGCAGCAGGUUUCGGCGAUUGUCUGUUUCAAUCUCCGCCGCUGUCAACCGCUCCUCUCUCUCUGGCUCGCCUCCGUGUCGCUCAGUCCGCCGCGCGGCGACGACGCAGUCGCUGCCGCCAGCGCCGUGGGCUCGGCCGUUGUCGCGACCCUCCUGUCUUCGCCCGCGUCGCCUCUCUCUCCCACCCUCUUUUCCCGGACCUCGCCGUCUCUCUCGCCGCGCUCGUCCUCCCUCGCCGACACGCGAGACAGCGGCCAGCGUAUCCGCGCCACUCCGCUGAUUCUUCUCCCUUCUGUCUUCUUGAACGCGAGCAGCUGUGCGCCUUUUCUCGAGACCGGCAGCGCAGACGAUCUGUGGGCGAGGGAGAGUGGUGACCCCCUCCCUCGCAAACGCGAUUUCCGCUUUCUGGACGAGAACGAAGGACACCUGGCGCGGUGGUGGAGCGCUCAACGAGACCAAGGCGUCCGCGUCUUCUCGUGCGGCAGCAACGAGAGCGGCGCUCUCGGCUUGGGUCGCCCGGCGUUCUUCCCGUUCGAUCCUGUUCUCGAGGAAGAGCAGAACGACGUCGAAGUCAGUCGCGGCGUAGACAUCUGGUGGACGCCACAGCCUCAGCGAAUCUGCGCGCUGCCUCCCAACGUCAAAAGCAUCGCAGGCGGUGCGGCACACUGUGUCGCUCUCACCUCCUCCGGCUGUCUGUACACCUGGGGCUCGAACGCUGCCGGGCAGUGUGGAGUCUCUUCUCUUCCUCGGAACAAGACGCGUCGACGCAGGUCGCAGCGCCAUCCCGCAGAUGUGGUGCGGGGGCAGAGCCUUGCUGAGGUCGGCGCGUUUUCGUGGUUCUCUUCCCCGGGUUUUCCUCAUCCGUCAUCGAACGAGGACGAAGGAGAAGACGAACGGGAAGAAAGCCAAGACGCAGAGAUAGUGCGUGUGGCUGGGGCCUUUCUCAGUCUCCCAGUGCGUGUGGACGUGUACGGAGAAAGCAACGACGGAGAGGGACACUGCGCGCCACCCGAGGGAGAAACGGGUUGCGAGGCUGUGUCGAAGGCCUCCGGCUUCUCGAGUUCUCUCCGGAGAUCUGUCUUUUCUCCCAAGGUCGCUUUCUCCCUCGUCGCGUGCGGCGCAGACUUCAGCGCAGCGGUGAGCGCAACCGGCUGCCUGUACACUUGGGGUUCGAACACCUGCGGCGUCUUGGGUCUGGGCGACACCCACCCUCGCGGCUUCCCCUCUCUCGUCCCACCUGGCAACUUCAGAUCUUCUGCGUCUUCCUCGCAAGUUGCCGCAGCCGCGUCCGGCCCUCUUGCUGCGGCUGCGCUGCCCCGAGUGUCGACUGUGGCGUGCGGAAACAGCCACAUGGGUGUCCUCGUGGACGACGGCGAGCUCUACAUGUGGGGAAGCAACUGGCAUUCGGAGUGUGGAUACUGCCCGCGUGCGGAAGAGAGACUUUCCAGCGGCCAGCGAGGAGACAACGAAGGCGUCGCGCCCAGCGAAGAACUCCUUUCCCCUCGGGAAAUCUGCGUCUUCGAACUUGCUCCCCUGCGGCGUGACCACCACCACGUUUACGAAGCCGUGAUGCACUGGAUGUUUGUCAACUCCGACAAGGACGAGAAGGCCCUCGCUGCGUCGGAAGCACCUGGGCGGAGAGAGGAGGGGCCUCCGUCGCGCAUGCGGGGCGGCGUGAGUGCGCGAAGAGUCGCUCGAACGCGCCUCGGGGUGAGGAUGAAUGUUUGUCCGACCAAGAAGAGCUUCACCGUCGUGGUGCUUCCCUCUCUGCUUCCGGAUUUGUGUGGGGCAGUCGUGGCCCACACAAAGGACGCGGCGUCGGCGACGAAACUGCUAAACUACCGUCUCCGCUUCUCGCUCCUUUCCUGCGGCUCUGUACAUACACUGGCUCUUGGGAACACGCGGUCGGCGGGGCAGAACAACCAAAGAGGGGACGGAGACCAGACGAAUCGGGAGAGAGAGAGGGAGGCGCGAGCCUCGGCGCGGCUUGAGGCUAAAUCCGCACUCGAGAACGAGCGACGCGCGGUGGGGGGAGCAGAGCGACACGAGCCUCCGGAAGAGACAGCCCUCCACACAGGAUUCCUCUACGUGUGGGGUCGCGACACAGGCAACUGCCUCGGCCUCGGAUCUGCCGGCGCGAACCCCAGCGCCUAUCCCUCUCGGAUCCCCAUGCUCUUCUUUGAAGAAGAGCGAAGAAAGAGAGGAGCGCGAGGAGAACGAGACGCGAGAGAGAGAGAGGGAGACGAGCAAGGGGACGGUCGCCCUCUCGUUCUGCGCCAAAUCGCGGCAGGCGGCACCGCCAGUGGCGCAAUCGACGAAGACCACCGGCUCUGGCUGUGGGGAGAUGUCAGCGGCAUCUGCGCAGACUUUUUUCCGCCACCGCAUCGUCCGGAGAGUCUUGCGCCGUCGCUUUUUUUGGUGGAUUCUCGCUUUUCGCCGUCUGUCGGUCCGCCCCGCGACGAGGAGACUGUGUUUGAGAGUUUGUUUUCGGUGACGACUGGGCAGAUGCCGCUGCAAGUCGCCGCUCUGCUUUUCCCCGCGGAAGGCACGCGGCUUCUCCUCGUGACCCGCGAAGGCGGCCUCGUCGCCCUCGGAGACGGCUGUGGGGUGCAGGGCGCGCCCCAGGCUAUCGGCGGGGCGCAGGGCGUCUCGGCGCUUCGCCGGCACCUCGCGAUCGACGAAAUGGAGGGCGAAGCGCCGCGAGGCGAGGAGACAGAGACGCGUCUGCGGGGCAAAGCGGGAGAGAGAGGCGGCGACGCGAAGGAAAAGCUCGAGGCGAUCGAGCAGCUGCGAAUGCCCGGCACGGCGACAAUCACACCGAGGUUCUGGAUCGACAAAAGUCGAAUGGAGAGACUUCGAGGAAUCGGCCACCUCGUUCUCCCAGGAGGCCGCCACGUCGACAGCGUCGCAGCAGGCACCGACUACAUUGUUAUUCUGAGUUCGUCGUCGCGGCCUGGCUUCUCGCUCUCGUCCUCACUCUGUCUUCCUCUUCUUGUUUCUCCGAGUGCGCCCCAGAGCACCCAGAGCAGUCUUUCACUCCCGUCUCUUGCCCCCCGCCCGAGGCCUGCCUCCUCGACCGGCGAGUCUCUUCCCGCGCCGGUGCCCGGUGCGGCUUCGCCGCUCUCGCGGAGCAGUCUCGUCGCUGGCGCGUCAGGCCCGCUAGUUGGGCUCCAGUCUCCGCGGGCGCCGACCUCCGUCCGCGUCGACGGACCCGGGUCUCCGACUGCGAGCGCCACUUCUGGGGCUCCAGCGGCCUCUUCGUUUGGGCCUCUGGCGUCCGCGGGCUUCACUGCUUUUAUGGACAAACUCGGGUUGUCCCCGGCGUCAAGAGGGCUCUUCUUCUCCUCUGUCGCCUCCCCGCGCGGGCGAGAGUCGGCCGGCCCAGCCACGUCUCCGUCGCCAGAGCACACGCAAGGCGAAAGCGCGUCCCGGGGCGUGUCUCUUCCUGCGCUUUUCGGUGGUCGGCUCUCUCUCUCGACGCUCGUUCUUCCUCGUCCGGCGACGGCCCAGGACUCAGGACCGGAGGCGCCGGAGACCCGAGAGGCGGAGGCGCGAGAGUCACUGUGGAAGACGUUCUCGCCUCGACACUGGUCCGCAGAAACGAAGACGUACGUCUUCACAGGAGAGAAGGUAGAAUCCGAGCGCGACCUGACCCGCAACGGACGCGAGAGAACUAGAAGCCCUCGCGAGGAAGGCGCCAAAGGGUUUGCACAGACACGAGAGACAACGGAGACGCAUGCGGCCGCCUCGCCGCGGAACGACCGGAUGGUGGCCUUGCUCGAAGGCCUAGACAAGGGUUCCGGGCGUCUGUUCAGCCUGGUCAACAAGGUAUUGCAGUUCCCGUUUUCCGUUCCCGAAGAAAGUCAAGAUUUCCGUGCCAGCGCGGCGCUGCCUGGCGGCUCUGCCCAUCGACUGCCUCAGGCAGCGGGCGCCGCCACGGCGUCCUCCUGCUCUGCGUCCGUCUCCUCCUUCUCUUCCUCGGUCCAGAGCCGGCCCGCUGGAGUCACCGGAGCUGCCUUGUUUGCGACUCCUCUGGAGACAGAAACGGAGCGCUGUGCAGUCCCGCAUGCGUCGUCUGGGCUGCCGUGUGCCGCGUCGGGGCUCGCAAAGGCGGUGUACCCCAAGUGGGCGACUCCGCGGGCGAUGGUCUUCUCGUCGGUCUCUUCCACGGCUCCUGCCUCGCGCGCCGCCAGUGCGGACAGCUCUUCUCUCGACUACGCGUGGGUCGUGCACCCCAAGACGCAGCCAGCGCAGAACUCGCCGCGGCAGUCUUCUGCGCACUCGUCCCUGUCGCACAUUUCGUGGGAGAUCAGUGGCGAGGGAGAGAGUCGCCACAGCUCGAGAGGCGAGGUCCCGGAGCGACAGGCUGCCGAGAGCAGAGCCUCUGGCGUCUCUCCCGCGGGCGGCAACGCGCCUUUCCUGUCCUCGCUCCUUCCGGCGGGAAGCGACUCGCGACUCGCGGAGAAAGCUGGAGGGCGGGACGCAGAGCGGCGGCGCGGAGGCGAAGAACAGCGAAAGCACCUGUGGGCUGCGGGGGGGAGACCCAGCCCCUACGCAUCAUUUGACGCGCCUCGCACCCCCUUGGGACACGUCCGCGCGGCGCCUGCUGCUUACGGGAGUCCCGUCUCUCCGUCUCUUGUGAACAGCGGAUUCCCGUUCGCGCCUUCGGGAUCGCCAGCCGCGUGGAACCACGUGACUUCUGCGUCUUCGGUCUUCUUUCCAUCCGCUGUCUCUUCGCUGCCGAGCGGCACCGCACAGGCACAGGUGGGCGAGUCAGGCGACGCGUCGCGGAGUCUCUCGCAGUUUUCCUCUCAGGAGGCGCUCCCGCGGGCCGCCCGAAAGGUAGGAGGGGCGGAGCGCGAAGGUGACGCGGUCGCUCUCAGACCGCCGAGUGGGGUCCAGCACGUGCCGGCUGCGUACAGACACUUCGUUCAUGGAGACCCGAGUCCAGGCGGGACCGAUCGACAGCCUGCAGAGGGGCUCUCUGGCGGCUGGACGGCCUCUGGCGCAGCGAGUCGGAGCGAGCGAGGCGACAGCCAGUGCGUGCAAACCAGAGAGUGGCUACGAGGUGCGCCGCCGGAGCCGUGGCGUAGGGUGCAUGCAGUCACGUCCUUCGCGUCCCACCACAUCCAGGAGAGACGCGGCGUCUCAGAUCCCGUGUACUCCGUCUCUUCGUCUGUGCAGCGCGCCGUGUGCGUGUCUUCGGAAAUGCGCGACGGCGCGACAGCUGGUGGACGUACAGUCAGUGGAGUGGAGACUGCGCAGUUUCGAAGCCGGGGGCCAAACACAGUGGUGGGGGAUUCUCAGCCCGUUUUCCAGAACUACGGCGGCGCUCGUGUGGCGAAAGAGCGACAGGGGGAGACUCUUCGCGCAGUGGCGAGUCGGGUGACUCCCGCGCCACGGGGCAGCGGGUUCUCGGAUUGGUCGCUCGAGCACCGCGUCUUGUCUGGCUUCUCCGGCGCCCGUGCGGAGACGGUUUUCCGAGGCUACAGAGACGAUGCGCAAGUCGCGUACAUCCCCGCUUCGCGCACCUUCGACGGAGCAGCGAUCGAGGGGGUGGAGAGACGGGGAGGCGAAGGGCCUUUCCCGCCCGCGGGGCUCGAGGGCUUUCAGACUCGCCGGGCGUGUGAGCCUCUGCCGGCAGCGGACGGCGGACCACGUGUCUCCUCGUUCUACGCGCGGCCUGCCACUGAUCGGCUGCAGACGCCGACAGUCUUUGCGGUGCCACAGGCGCGCGAAGAGUCUGGACGAGACGGUGGAACGGUCGGAAUCUCUGGACCGGAAAUCUACUACGGACGAGCGAAUGCCUACGUGGGAGUACCCCAGUCCCUCUCCUUCCAGCACAUCCGCAGGUGA